AUGGACGCAAGUGAAGCUCUGAACCUCUACGAUUCCUACUGGUUCGAGAUGGAGAUACCGGAUUCCCCGCCGGAGACGCCGACUAUGGCCAGCAUCUAUAUGCAGAUCCAGAAGCAACAAUCUCCCCCUCCGCCGCCGCCGACGACGACUCGCGGCGGCCAAUCGACGAUUCUCAGAUCCGUGAGCGAGGAUCUGUACACGAAGCCGAGCUUCCACAACAUCCCGGCCUCGCCGGAUUCCGUCCUCACUUCUCAGCUCCGCACAAUCCUCUCCGGCAAAGAAGCCACCGGAGACGAAUUGGAACAAAAGGUACCUCGCGCCGCCUCCGGUUCCAAUUCGCCGCCCAAGGCGCGCAGAGCGGCGAAGAAAGGGCCGGCGAGCAAGAGCCUGUCGUCGCUGGAGUUCGAAGAGGUGAAGGGGUUUAUGGAUUUAGGGUUUGUGUUCUCUGAGGAAGAUAAGGACUCCAGGUUGGCGUCGAUUCUCCCCGGGCUGCAGAGGCUGGGGAAGAAGGUCGACGGGGAAGUGGACGAAUCGGCGAUUCCGCGGCCGUACUUGUCGGAAGCCUGGGCGGUUCGAGAGGCGGAGAAAUUGAGGAAUCCGGUGACGAAUUGGCGGGUUCCGGCGAUGGGAUUGGGGAGCGAGAUGGAUAUGAAAGAUAGCUUGAGAUUGUGGGCGCACACUGUUGCAUCUACUGUUAGAUAA